AUUCAUAACUAAGGAAGACAUUUCACACUCAUUAACUUCUCAAGCCUCAAACCCCGGCCUCUUCUGUUUAGUCUAUUUCACAAGUGUUCCUGGAAAUCUUGCGAUGUUGCGCCUCUGGGUUUAGAAACUCUGUGAUUUGGUCUAUAGAAGAGAGUGUCAGACGCCAGUCUACAUCUGGGUAGAGAUUAAUCUCAUACUUGCUGGUGUAUGUUGAAUCCUUGGCUUCUAUUUUGAACAUCUACGUGUGAUUUUAUUCUGUUUGACAUCCAUCGGCAAGCUUCGUUGAUUUAAGUUCAAGGGUUUUAUCCAAAGAAAUAAGAGCUCCAGAGACCUCUUCCUGUUCAGAAAGAACAACAAGACUGGUGGACAAAGAUAACACUGAGUCAUGUCUGACUCGGAGACCAUCGAGCUAGCCGCUCUGGGCCGACCCUUCCAGCUGGGGAUGCUGUAUGACUGUCGUAGAGAUGUCCUCAUCCCAGGUAUCACUCUCUGGGAUUCUGAGAUGCUUCAGAAACACAUCAAUGUCCGUCCACAACCGAACACCGACUUCAAAAUCAUUACUUCAGACUCAAGUGAAGCCAAGUCAGAAGCUUUGAAUGUGUCUGCAUCUCUUGAGGCCAGUUUUCUUGGUGGCUUAGUCAGUGUGAAGGGUUCUGCUGAAUUCCUACAUGACAAAAAGACCUCAAAGCGUCAGUCUAGGGUUUCUCUGCAGUACCGUGCCACCACUCACUUCGAGCAGUUGACCAUGGACCACCUGGGGCCAGGAAAUGUGAAAUACUCGAAUGUCUUACAAGAGGGCUCUUCAACCCAUGUGGUGACUGGCCUGCUCUACGGAGCGCAGGCCUUCUUCGUUUUUGACCAAGAGGUUUCCUCAGGAGAGAACCACCAGGACAUCAAGGGAAACCUGCAGGCCACAAUAAAAAAGAUCCCUCUCAUAUCAAUAGAAGGGCAGGGAAAUGUGAAGAUGAGUGAGGAAGAGAAGAAAAAGGCCAAUAAAUUCAACUGCACCUUCCAUGGUGAUUUUGCACUAGAAAACAACCCUGUCACCUUUGAAGAUGCCGUCAAGGUGUAUGCCGGCCUGCCACGUCUGCUAGGGGAGAACGGAGAACAUGCUGUGCCCAUGACCGUUUGGCUCUAUCCUCUCAAGAACCUGGACUCUGCAGCUGCCCAGCUAGUCAGGCAGAUCAGUGUUAGCCUGGUGCGUCGUGCACAGCGAAUCUUGGACGGACUGGACAAUACUGAUGUACAAUGCCAGGACAUGAUGAAGGAAGACAUGGCUAUCAAGUUCCCUGAACUCAAAGCCAAGUUCAACAAGUUCAGGGACUUGUGCUCAGAGUACAAGCUGGUGUUCCAGAAAGGUCUCUGCAAGGUUCUUCCCAACAUAAGAGGAGGAGGAAUGGAGGAGGAAGAGCUGAUAAAAAUGCUCAACAGCAAAGAACGUUCUCCAUUCCAGAAUGACCUCAUGAUCACAUACCUGGACGACAGAGAGAGAGAGAUGAAUGUUGUCAGCUCUUACCUUGACAUAAUGAAAGAGGUUCAAGUUGUGUACUCAAGCAGUGAAUUGGAUGGAUUAGUGCUUGAUGAAGCUAAUGAUUAUGUAGUGUGUUUUGCAUUUUCCUAUUUGAAGGAGAAAGAAGAGUAUGUGGUAGUCCUGGAGAACUACUUGCUGGAAGAAUCUAAGAGUGAUUUUUCACAGACACCUUACAACCCCAACGCAGUCGGGAAGACUGCAGCAGAAAAGUGGUUUCGCUCAGGGGAGGUAACGACCCUAACCAGACAAACCAUAAAUCUGUUCCUAGACUUCAAAGAGUCAAAUGAAAGCAGAGAAAAUCUUGCAUUCUGCAUUGCAUCAAUUCCAAACAAACUCCUCACCGCAUCCUCCAUCCAUGUCUAUGAAAGAGGGACACUUUUGAAUCCACAGUUUGAGCUGCCAUCAAAGCCAGGUGUUCCCACCAUCAAGAGUCUGGAGCAUGACUGUGUCCACUUGCAAGUCAACCCUCCCAACCUUGGUGUUACCUCUGUGGAGUCAUACCAGGUUUUGUACCAGGCUGAGCAGGCUGACUCUGAGUGGACCGAGGUCAAAUCUGAUCCUACAACUAACCAGGUCACCAUCAGUCGUUUGGACCCAUACAAAAAGUACCGCUUUAGCUGCAAGGCGGUAUGUAGACCUGGUGUGAGCCUCUCCAGUGACUGGACAGAAUACGUCAGGACCCGCCCAUGUAGCCCCCCUGGACCCCCCACCGAGAAGAGGAUAGAAUCAGGAAGUAUCCGAGUGAACUGGGACAUUCCUACCAUAGUGGGAGAUGAUGUUGAAGUCAUUGGUUAUGUGGUUGAAUACAGAAAGAGUGUAAAGACUAUAAACAAUCAGAUGUGGCACACCAUCAAAACCACCACUAGAGAGGGUACACUGGAAGGAGUAGAGGCUGACACUGCAUACAGCAUCAGAGUCUCUGCUAACUGUGGCGAAACAGGGAAUAGUCUUCCCAGUCCUGAGACUGUGCUGACCACCCUUGGGGUCUCUGAUACCCAACCGAAGACGAGCAAAUCAACAGGAGCAAAAAGUGAGGAAUUCCUAAAAAUAUCCCAGAAGGUGGAAAACGGCAACCCCUCAAUCCACUGGCUGAAUCUGGAACAGAAGUUCGGUGUAAAGGAAAGUUUUAACCAGUACACUUUUGGGAGGAAAGUUGAGCAAGGGAAUAACAAGGUGAUAUUGCUUCUGGGGGCCACAGGUGCAGGAAAAACAACUCUGGUCAAUGUCAUGAUAAACUACAUCCUCGGGGUAAAGUGGGAAGACUAUUAUCGCUUUAAGCUCAUCCAUGAGGUGACCAACAGGUCACAGGCUGAGAGCCAGACUGUGGUUGUGACAUCAUAUGAGCUCUACAACCAGCCAGGCUUUCAGAUUCCUUAUUCUCUGACCGUCAUUGACACACCAGGGUUCGGAGACACCAGAGGAAUUGCUCAAGAUAAAAUGCUCAUCCAGAUGAUGAAGAAUUUCUUGUGUCAUCCUUUAGGGAUUGAUCACAUUGAUGCAGUCUGCUUUGUAGUGCAGGCAUCACUUGUUCGUCUCAGUCACUCCCAGAGAUACAUCUUUGAUUCCAUCCUGUCCAUCUUUGGAAAGGAUGUUGCUGAGAACAUCCUGAUGCUUGUGACAUUUGUUGAUGGGAAGCACAUACCGGUGCUAGAGGCCAUCAAAGCUGCAAAUCUGCCCUGUAAGAAAAACAAGAAGGGGCUACCAACCCAUUUCAAAUUCAACAGUUCAAUUCUGUUCUUAAAGGAGACAGAGAGCAGCUCUGAAGAGGAUGAUUCUGAUGAUGAUCAUAAGGCCCAGUGUCCAGAGCAAUGGAGGUCAACUUUCAAGGAGAUGAAGAAAUUUUUCCAAGAACUUGAAAGCAUUGAGAGCAAAGAUCUGACCCUGACAAAGAACGUUCUGAAAGAACGUGAGCUUCUGGAGAAGACCAUGACACGCCUGACCCCUCAGAUCACAGCAGGUCUGUCAAAGCUAAGUGAGAUCAAAAGCUUCAAACAGUGUCUGGAGAACGAGGACGAGAACAUGAAACAGAACAAAAACUUUGAGACCGAGGUAAAUGUGCUGCAGGUGAAGAGAAGCAAAUUAUCCCAAGACUUUGCAACAAACUGCAAGGUGUGCAAUUUUACAUGUCACACCUGCUGUUUCCUUCCAAUGGAGGAUGACAUCAACAGUUGUGCUGUGAUGGAUGAUGAUGGUAACUGUACCAUAUGUCCAGGAAAAUGCUCUUCCACUGACCACGACAGGGAAAAAGUCUUGUUGACAUAUGAAACAAAGACUGAGAAAAAGACUAUCCAAGAACUGAAGGACAACUUCAUGAAGGCGUGGGGCAAAUCUAUGGAAACCAAGGAGAUGCUGGAUAAGCUUGAGGUUGAGUUUCAUAAGAUUGAGGACGCGCUGAUGCAUUUGAUCAAGCAGUCUUCUGACUGUCUCAAGAGACUUAAUGAUGUUGCCCUGAAACCAAGCUCUCUCUCCACUAUGGAGUACAUUGAGAUACUCAUUCGCACAGAGGAGGACGAAUGCAAGCCAGGCUUCGAGGAUCGGAUCGUAGGGUUGAAGAAAAUGAAGGCAGAGUCUGAGAUUCUGGAUAAGAUUGCAAAAGGAGAAGCUUUACUCCCAAAUGAGAGAUCAUUCUUAAAGGAUAAAGAGGAUAGAGGGCAGGAGAUUCCAACAUAAGCCGGAUGAUGUUCUGAUAACAUUAUCUGGAAUCCAAAUUGAGUCUCCAUUUGAACAUCAAACUGCCCAAUAUUGCAGCAACGUUUGUGUUUACUGGGAAGAUCCAACUGAUAUCUGAGGUUCAUUGGAUUUGUAUUAAAACUCUUAGCCUCUGUGGGAGAAAUUAUAUACAUGAUUUUGGUAACACAAGAGAAAGAUACACUUAUGGGUUCAUUCCCUGUUCUGGUAAAAUGCAUUUUCUAUUGUAUAGGGCAGGAAGCAGUUAAAGGCCAUGGGGGUAUGGGACACUAAAAAUGCAGACACAUAGACGCCUAGACCAGCUGGACAAAGAUCAGAGGGAUAGAAACAGGAGGGGGUCAGCCAAAUGACCAACUGAUGGAUUACAGACAUCAAUCGCAUCACAGGGGAGACACAUAAGUCUGUUUGAUCUUAGACAACCAUAUGAAGAGAAGGCGACCAAGGCAGCUGGACACACUAAAAACUAGAGAUAAAAAAAGGCCACAGGAAAGGGGGAUGUAUAUUAUCUUUUGGUCAAAGCAAGGGUCUUGUCAACAUUAUAAUCUGGCCGAAAGCAGAUGUGGGCGUUACUGGGCUGAACAAGCAGGAUUGGGAUGUAACUGUAUUUGCAUUGGGGGAUGAACUGAUGAUGUAUGUGUGGGUAUAAAAUGAAGAGUGAAAGAGCUCUGGAAAGGUGUGUGUUCCGCGGACCGCUCAGGCUUAUGAUACUGGUGUAUUAAAAGUCUAUAUUGAUUUUCACAAA